AUGUUUCUACCGAAUUUAGCUCCUUAUCGGUCCCUCAAUUGUCCAUAUAAUGCAAGUUCGCUGCCGUCAAUAUUGUAUUUUCCACUUGGAAGGUCUCCCUGCUUCGCUUUACAUCAUGCACGACAUUGAUGAUUCUGUAGUGCCUGGAUCAGUCUACCUUGUCGACGUCCAGGAGAAAACGACGGUUGUGCACGCAGGAAAUAACAGUGCCAUUGUGCUCAGUCCGACGCCUUCGAGUGAUAUUAACGAUCCUCUGAACUGGAGUAGAGGCCGGAAACUUUUUGCAGAUCACACAAGCGCUAUCGGCAUUGGGACAACCAUGCUAUACUCCAUCUUGCAGCCUAUCUCCAAUGAUACAGGGAUACCUCUUGCAACGCUUAAUGCGGGCACCGGAUACAAUGACGUCGGAAUACUAGUCUUAGGCUGGGGAGCGCUGAUAAAUCUGCCGCUCGCUCUUACCUUUGGAAAGCGUGGUAUAUAUCUUAUUUCAGUCCUUGGCAACACUGCCAUCUGUCUGUUGACGCCGUACAUCAAGACGGAAGGCCAGUGGAUCGCCAGCAAAAUCGUACAGGGUUAUCUCUGCACUCCUGUCGAGAGUCUGUGCGAAGUCAGCAUUGCAGAUACAUUCAUAUAUGAUGGCCAAGGAUGGCAUUGGGUGAUGUACUGGGCUGCGAUCAUAAACUUCGGUUCUCUCAUAACAAACUUCGUACGCAAUACAAGUGAAGCGACAGAAGCCGUGCACUUCAGCGCCAAACCAGGUGCUGAGAAAGACGACAAGAAGUUAACUACUUCAUCUCCUGUCCCUUCUGGGGAUUUGACAGGCAUACCUAAAACAUAUUCGCAACGGCUCGCUUUAUUUGGUGGGCGCUAUGCGUCAAACAAGCUGCUGCUUACGAUGACGUACCGUCCCGUAAUUCUGCUGCGCUUCCCUGUCAUUUUCUGGGCAGGGUUUCAGUAUGGAACGUGUCUCGUGUGGUAUAACGUCCUGAAUGCCACUUGUUCAUUGAUCCUCAGCGAACAACCCUAUAACUUCAGAGCGAACUUUGUCGGAUUAACCUACCUCGGCCCUUUGAUUGGCAUGCUUCUUGGAACAUUCUAUAGCGGGGUGGGUGGAUAUGCUCGUCGAACGCGCGGUAUCCGAGAGCCAGAGCAUCGCCUUUGGCUUAUGGUUGUUUCACUUCUUUUAUGUCCAGCCUCUCUCAUCCUCUGGGGAGUUGGUGCGUCCAAGGGCAUCAGUUGGGUCGGCCUCGUCUUUGGCAUGGGCAUCAUUUCUUGCUCAACUAGUAUUGGCUCAUCACUUUCUAUAAACUACGCCCUGGAUUCAUACAAAGAUAUGAGUGGGGAGGUAAUGAUGGCUGUCAUCCUUGUUCGCAAUACCCUUUCGUUUGCUAUUGUAAGUCGAGACAUUUACUUUGCCUUGACCUUUUGACGCGUGUUCUUGCAGGGAUAUGGGAUCACCCCUUGGCU